AUGUCGGAGCGGGAGGAGCGGCGCUUCGUGGAGCUGCCCCGGGACUCGGUGCGGUUGAUGGCGGAGAGCACCGGGCUGGAGCUCAGCGACGAGGUGGCGGCGCUGCUGGCCGAGGACGUCUGCUACCGCCUGCGGGAGGCCACGCAGAACAGCUCCCAGUUCAUGAAGCACACCCGGAGGCGGAAGCUGACGGUGGAGGAUUUCAACCGGGCGCUGCGCUGGAGCAACGUGGAGGCUGUGUGCGGAUACGGCUCCCAGGAUGCGCUGCCCUUCCGGGCCAUCAAGGAAGGGGAGUUGUACUUCCAAGAGGAUCGCGAGGUGAACCUGGUGGAGCUGGCGCUGGCCACCAACAUCCCCAAGGGAUGCGCUGAGACGGCCGUGAGGGUGCACAUCUCCUACCUGGAUGGAAAAGGCAACCUGGAGCCACAGGGAGCCGUGCCCAGCGCCGUGUCCACACUGACCGAUGACCUGCUCAAGUACUACCAGCACGUCACCCGCGCGGUGCUGGGCGAUGACCCCCAGCUGAUGAAGGUGGCCCUCCAGGACCUCCAGACCAACUCCAAGAUCGCCGCGCUCCUGCCUUACUUCGUCUACGUGGUCAGCGGGGUGAAAUCCGUGAGCCACGACCUGGAGCAGCUCAACCGGUUGUUGCACAUCGCCCGGAGCCUCAUCCAGAACCCCUUCCUGUGCCUCGGCUCCUACGUGUGCAGUCUGAUCGCCAGCGUCAUGUACUGCGUCCUGGAGCCCUUGGCCGCCUCCAUCAACCCCCUCAACGACCACUGGACCCUCCGGGACUACGCUGCCAUGCUGCUCAGCCGCAUCUUCUGGACUCACGGUGAUUUGGUGAGCGGCCUCUACCACCAAAUCCUCCUCUCGCUCCAGAAGGUUCUGGCUGACCCAGUGCGCCCGCUCUGCUCCCAUUACGGCGCCGUGGUGGGGCUGCACGCCUUGGGGUGGAAGGCCGUCGAGCGGGUGCUGUACCCGCAUCUCCCCACCUACUGGACCAACCUCCAGGCGGUCCUGGAUGAUUACUCGGUCUCCAACGCCCAGGUCAAAGCCGAUGGGCACAAAGUCUAUGGAGCCAUCCUGGUGGCUGUUGAGCGACUCUUGAAGAUGAAGGCUCAACAAGCACCGGUGCCCAGCGCCGAUCCGCGCCACGAGGGUUCACCGCGGCACAGCCCCAAGCAGGACCCGGAGCUUGGCUUUGGCCUCGGGCGCCCCUUCCUGCAGUUGGGGGGCGGCAGCGGGGGGCCCCCAUCUUCCUCGUCCUCCUCCUCCUCCUCCUCGCCCCCCGCCGCGCCGCCCGCGCUCUCCCUGCACCACAUGUACCGCGAGCUCUACGACUUCUUCGGCGACAGCUUGGCCGCCCGGUUCGGCACCGGUUUGCCACCGAGCGCAGGCCAACCCAACGAGGGGCCCCCCGAGGGUCCCCGCAAGGACCCCCCCAGUUUUGGGGGUGAAGGCGCGGCGCGGAAGAUGCCGCAGUUGACGGCGAGCGCCACGGUGAGCCCGCGCGAUGAGGAGGCGGUGGCGGUGGUAACGAUGGCGACGCGCCCGGUGCUGCACCGCACCGCCAGCCUCCCCCGGCCCCGCGGGGCUCCCCGGCAGCCCGGCCACCGGCCCGGUCCCCGUGAUGUGUUCCAGAAGUGCCGCUUCGCACCGCGCGGGGCCCCCCGGUUCAGCUUCGUCAUCGCCGGGCGCCAGGCGGGGCGGCGCUGCCAGGGCCGCCGCUUCCAAACCAGCUUCCCCCAGCACCACGGGCCCGGGCACGUGUCCCGGUACGCACAGAAGCUGCCCAUGAUCGGGCGCAGCCCCCGGCCCGCGCGGCGAUGGCCUCGUGCUGAGUAUUCGCUGCAUCUCCUGUUGUGAGC